AUGCCAAGGCAUAGAGAUGAGGUAAACUCCUGUCGGCAUUCACCGAGUAGAUCCAGUGCCAAGAUAGCUAAGCAGGAUCAUGGGCAAACAGAGGCCGCCAGUGAGCCACUAUCGAAUCAUGGUGACAAUCAUGAACCGGUUAGCACUGCCAAGCUGCCACGACGGGCUCAGCCACAUGAAAGUGCCAGUAAAAACGACUCAGCCUCUAUUGACGGCGACGGCAAGACUGCUGAGGAUGGCGACAGGAGCAGCUGCAGCAACAGCAGCGACGACAGCGACGUCAGAAAUGACGGCGAUGACGAGGACUAUAACGAUGACGGGAGCUCCAGCGAUAGCGAAGGCGAGAAUGGCGGCUACAGAAAUAAAAGGAAAACAGACCGCUCGCCUUCCGCAAGCAAUUUUGACAGCCCUCCGGAUAACAACAUUGAGGAGAGAGCGACUAGGUUAUACAAGCAUCGGAAAGUAGCUCUCGACGGAGCAAACAUGCCCUAGCCCGAACUAUAUGCCUCGCUCUGCAGGGCGCCUUUCGCGAUUGCCUCAGUCUGCCCAGCCCACCAGUCUCCAACGGUCUGUCUGAAAUGGAGAACGACAAGGGCUCGGAUCGCAGUACUGCCUCAAGAGCAUCCUUUGGGGAGUGGCAGUUCAAAACACUGCAUUAAAAUGCGUGACAAUUGAUGGGGUCGACACGUAUCAACUGCAGUUCCAGCGAGCGCCGACGCAUUCUUGCAGCCAACGGCGAGAGAGACGAUCACAUACAUUGGUCAAGAAGAGUAAAGGAGGUCGAAAACCAAGGGAUGAGACGAAAGGCCGGCGAUGCGGGCUGUGUAAGCAGGCUGGCCAUAAUGCACGAAGUUGUCAGGGUGGUAUGGAAACCUCUAAUGAAGAGAGUAACAAUUAGCAUCAAUCAAUUGCCUUAUUCAUGAU